UUUAAUUAAAAGCGAAUUAAUCAAUAAGCAAGUAUUGGGGUCCCAUGGAAUCUGCAGCCGACGGCGCGGCUGAGAAUCAUCGGCGGCCCCAUAUUCGCGGCGCGAAACAAGCUGCUGCUGUGACUACGCCGCCGGUCAUCAAAAAAAUCCCAGGAUGCAGCCCUACUAAUGCUACUGCACAAAAUAAUUCUUCAUCUUCAUCUUCUUCCAGUUCCAGACAUAUGAUUUCAUUUUCAUUCGGGGCUCAUUAUUAUCAGGCUGAUCAGCCCAAGCCCAAGCCCCGGGCUAGGGUUCCGGUGAAGAAGCGGUACAGAGGAGUCCGGCAGCGUCAAUGGGGCAAAUGGGUGGCGGAGAUACGGCUGCCGUGCAGCCGGCACCGCCUCUGGCUGGGGACCUUCAAGACCGCCGAAGAAGCUGCUCUCGCCUACGACCGCCAGGCGUUCAACCUGAGAGGCCAAGCCGCUAUCCUCAACUUCCCCCAUCUCUUCCCCUUCAAGGACCUGGACCUCCCCCCUGCACCUGCACCUGAACUGCUACUAUCUCCGCCCAUUGUCGACGACGAUUGUAAUAAAUCUGCUCGAAAUGAUCAGGACAUGAUCAUCGGGGAGGGAGAGAGUAUUCAUAUUCCUAUUCCGAUUAAUUACCCUAAUAAUUAUUCUUCGACGGGGUUGGCGCUGGGAUCAGGUUUCGAUGAUGAUGAUCCAAUAAAUUUUGUGUUGCCAUACGACAACCACGACGACGAUGCUGCUACUGGUUUGGAAUCAUUCGAUGGACCUACUUUUCCAGGUUGUUCUUUCUGGCAGAACAUCUAAUUAAUCAUUAAUAAUUAAUAAUAUUUCUUACUCUGGAACUUUUUUUCUGGUUCAAAAGAAAAAUAAAAAAUUGAAGGGGUAAAAAAAUGAUCUUUAAUGUGGUGAGAGCUAUGUGUCCCUUCCUAGGAUUAAAUUGGCUGUUGUUACUAUUGUUAUUGACUUAUAUUGUUGAUUUUUCAGUAUUUAGUCGUCA